CCCUCAUCAACAUGCCUUACGUAAUCAGACUGUUUGGCCAAGUGACUUCGCGAUAAACUUGCAUCGCGGUCGUCAUACAGUACUUUCAAUCUACGAUCAUGGCUACAGCCUCUGAACUUGACAAAAUCAGAUGUAAUCCAAUCAAAGAACGGCUAGCCACCUUCCGCCGCCGAUUUGAAUCAACCCGUUCGGGUCUUGAUGUUCCCUCGUCGUCGAAUGUAGUGCAAACUGUCUUUUCAACGGCUGCCACCGCAGUUGCUAAAUCCCUAGUGCUCGACCUUAUCCAAGCUCUCCAGAUCGAACCAGCAGCUCGUACCCUUCCUUCCCGAAUAGCCGACAGAACCGUCUCCGGUGAUCUUGCUAUACUAUACGGUCGCGUGGAUGCGAACCAGUUGGAUAUUGCAUCAGCCAUUCCUCUAGUGGAACAGAUUGUCAAGAACGAACCUGAUGAACCAACCUGGAAUGAUUCGGAUAUUUGGCAUGCUGUGCUUGAGUUAGUCGCGCGAACAAACCCCGCAACACCCCCGACUGCCUUCGAGAAAGCCGUUCUCGACACGCCGCUACGAUCUAGUUCGGCUUCUCAAAGUGGGAUUGAGCAGACACACGACGAGAUUGACCAGCGAAUCCGCGAGGAACUCACAGGGCGCGUCUACGACGAUGUUGAAGAUUUUCACGGGCGAUACUUCGAAGGGAAAACCUGGACACACAAAGCGAAGAAUAUAUACGAACAGUCCAGAACACAGUAUGCGAAAGGUCGCUGGGUGGGGUGGCCAGAGCCUUCUCUCCAAAGUUCAUUUUUUGACUGGUUCAUGAAGUUCCAGGACACUGUUCUCAGCGGACUUGGCCGCCAGUAUUACACAUCAGCGAACAAAGUGCUGAGAGGUUCGGAGGCUAAUCGCAAGCUUGAUAUUUUCCUCACCCUCGCGGACGUUGCCAUAUUGAACGAGGGGCACGACUGGUCAAAUGUACUUGUCAUUGGGGAACACAAACAAAACCCUGAUGAAGAUCGUUCUACAAAAACGUUGGUGCAGUUGGCAGGCUACGCUCGUGAGGUGUUUGGAAGUCAACCGGACCGGCGAUUUGUGCCUGGUUUUACCAUCUGCGGAAGCGUCAUGCGGCUUUGGGUUUUUGACAGAUCUGGCCCAUACAGCUCCGAAAAAUUCGACAUCAACAAAGAGCCAGAGCGGUUUAUUCAGGUUAUUGCUGGCUAUGCGCUGAUGACCGAAGCGGAACUGGGAUUGAAUACGUUUAUCAGGCGUGAUGGCGAUAAAUACAUCGUCGCACAAGGAGUGAGGAUCUGGUUGGAGGACAAGCCACUCGCCUGGCAACGGGCGAUCGUGUGUAGGGGAACAGCAUGCUAUCGAGGAAGGAAUAAGGACCCAGGGAGAUGGGAUCACGUGGUAAAAUUCGCUUGGCCGUCUGAUAAAAGAUACCGAGAGGGAGAUUUGUUGAAGUUGGCCAAAGAAAGAGGAGUUAAAGGCAUUGCCGAGUGGGUUCAUCACGAGCAGAUAAAUAUUGAUGGGCACCCGGAUACUAUUUCGCAUCUACGAAGAGGCAUGAAAUUUGGCGUACCACGGAAGUUAUCAAGCAAAACCUCCUGGGUUGAUAGUGGUGCAGGGUCCAGCCAGGGUGUCUCGAUAACACGAAGUCUCCGGGGAAGAUCUAGAAGCAGCAAGGGUCGCCUGACUGGUUUAGGAAUCAGCACAAGCAGCACCACGAUCUCCUCUUCUGGGCAGAAACGGAAAAGAGGCGGAUUUGUUGAUGGGAAUGGCGGAAUGAAGAGAUCCAAAUCGGGGGACAGUAGAACCGAUUUGGAUAUCGCCACGGACGCCGAAAACGGUGAUCCUGACACAGCCGACCUUCGCAGCAUUCAAGAACCCGAGCCCGACAGUCUGGCAGGCUGUGAGAGUGAGACGUACGGCAACCGUAUACACUGUUGCCUGGUGGUUUCCCCGGCUGGGCGGCCACUCCACGCAUAUAGGUCAACGAAGGAGCUUCUGGAGGCGCUACGUGAUGCUGUCAGAGGUCACAAGUCGCUUCUUGAGGAUGGGAAGAUUCUUCAUAGGGACAUUUCCGAGAAUAAUAUCAUUAUCACCGAAGCUGCAUCCAAAGGAGAGCCGACAGGGAGACUGAUUGACCUGGACUUAGCGAAGGAGUUGGACAGUGUGCCGAGUGGAGCUAGCCAUCGCACUGGCACUAUGCAGUUCAUGGCGAUCGAGGUGCUGCAGGGCAAGGGCCACACUUAUCGGCACGAUCUCGAGUCGUUUUUCUAUGUUUUAUAUGGAUGUGCAUUCGUUAUGGUCAUGUUGACAUGGACGAAGGGCAGGCUAGGAAGGAGUCAAGGCCGUUGGCAACAAGUGCUCUUCGGGAUUGGUAUACUGGAAAUUAUAGGCAAAUUGCCAACACGAAACUAGGCCAUAUGGAUAAGAGCCAGUUUGAGGGCAUUAUCGCGGAAUUUGCCCCGAGGUUCGAGUGCCUCAAACAGUUGGCUCGCGAGCUCCGAAAUGUACUCUUUCCGAUCAGGGACGGGGAAAUCUUUAGAGGAACUUUCCGCGACAACGAUAUAAUGUACGAUGGGAUGAUCGAGGCAUUUAACAAAGCAAUUGCCAGCCUUGGGAAAGACGAUCAAGAAGAGCAUUGUGAGGCGCAUAGCUUGUUAUAGGGGUUUGGGGAAAGCUGUAUGAUAGAUAUAUUUAUUGAUACCAUAGAAGUAAAUGAAUAAUAGUUA